AUGAUGAUUUCAUUUUUGAAGAUAUUAUUUCUGAAAUCGAUAGUUUAUGAAAAUUGUAUAACUGACAAUGCAUCUGAUUGUAUAUAUUCAGAUUUUUCAAUUAUUGGAUUAAGUUCUGCAACAUUAGAACGGUGUGGCUCCCAACCUAAAAACCUAUUCAUGGGACCUUAUGGAUUUUAAACCAUAGUGUCCAAGACAUUUACGAAUGUACCCCCAAACAACUUAAUUGAAUUUCAAGUUGGUAUUUGGAAAUUAGACUCUUGGGAUAGUGAAGGAUUUGAGAUUUAUGCAAAUGAUGUUUAAAUAGAAAAUUUAAAAUUGAGCUUUCAUGAUGGUACAAUGAUCUGUCGAAAUGAGGUUUGGGAAGACUUAUUUUAGCCUCUUUCAUUCAGAUUGUAAAUUACAGGAACGGAUUUAACAAUAAAGUUAAAAGACAACUUACAAACUGAUUCUUGGACUGAAGAUCUUUUGGAUGGUAUAAUUUUUUGAAUGAAUUCUAGAAUCUUGGGGAUUCAGAGACUUUAUUUUAAGACUUGCUGUCCCAUGUGUUAAUUUUUAUAGUGAAUGCAAUUAUACUGGAACAUUAUUUUAAAUAUGUUAAGGCGAACAAUCCAAAUUGCAAAAUCAAAUUCCUAUUGAAAUCAAAUCAAUUCUUAUGGGUCCUGCCAUAAUUGUAAAAUUGAAAAGCCCCAAUUACUUUGGAGGAGUAACUUAAGAGUUCACUUCUUCAUAACCUUGUUUGGACGCUUAUCAAGUAUUCAUUUAAUAAAUCAAAUUUAGUUUCCAAAGGUUAUCUAUUAGGAAUGA